GUGCUGUGACUACUUCCUGAGGAAGAAUAAGGCAAUACUCCCACCCCUUAUUUCAGCUUAGACUCAGACGAGAGAGGAUUUCUCUGCUGCUCUGAUAUAAGCACGUUUUUAGGAGGCAGAACAGCAAAUACACAACGUAAUGUGCCAUCACCAAAGCAGAACGAAACUAUUUUCAACCUGAGCAACCUGCAAGAUCACUUUUAGAGAGAGAGUCCCCCAAAUCAGCUUUUUGUCUGGAGAACGUGGCGGUGUUGCUGUCAAGAGAUAAGUAAAGAGCAGAACUUGACAGGAGUUAAUAAUGCAGUGUGAUGACCGAAAUAAAAAGAAAAAAGAAGUGCAACCCGAGAUUGGGUCUAACUUCCUGGAGGCGGGAACCAUAUUAACAACCCCAAUUGGAUACAUUGAAUCCUGCUUCAUGACAAAGAAUGGCACUCCCCGGCAGCCAUCAGUUUGCAGUUUGUCACGUGGCCGUUUAAGAAUAAGCAAAAGUGUCUUCAACAACCCUGAACAUUCACUAAUUGGGAUAGAGCAAUUCUCGCAUGUCUGGAUUUUGUUUGUUUUUCAUAAAAAUGGUCGGUUGAGUUGCAAAGCUAAAGUCCAACCUCCAAGACUGAAUGGCGCAAAAACUGGUGUGUUUUCCACAAGGAGUCCACAUCGCCCUAAUGCCAUAGGGUUAACUCUAGUAAGACUUGAAAAGGUUGAAGGUAGCACACUUUACUUAUCUGGGAUUGACAUAAUACAUGGUACUCCAGUUAUUGACAUAAAGCCUUAUAUUCCUGAGUAUGAUUCCCCACAAUCUACAGUUUCCUUUGAAGAUGUGCAGCAGGAGAGCCCCAAUAAACACGAAAAGAGUACAAACUGUGCCCUGUCUGAGACAAAUACAGAACUUGAAGGAAAAUCAACUAGGCCUUGUCAGCCUACCAUUGACCAUUCAGCACAUGUACCAGAAACUAAGCAGGCCAUACCUGACAGUUCCUCAGAAAUUACUGGUAUUCCCAAAGAGACAAGUGAAUUAGAAGAUCAAAAUUUGAAGAUAAAUGAAGAAACACCUCUUCCUAUUUUCGAGGACCAGUAUCCCAGAGACCUAGAAUGUAAAAAGGCCACAAAAGAUGGUGUGUUACAAUUUACACAGGAAAAGGAUGCAAACACUAUAUCGGGCAAUAAUAAUUGCAGAACUGGUGAAAGCUUUGUUCCCACUUGGGUAAGAGAUGCACCCGUGGCCAUAUUAAAAGUGAGGUUUACUCCCCAAGCAGAGAAGGAACUGAUGCAAUUUAAAGCUCCAAAUUCUACAGGUGGGCCAUCAUUUCGCUACUUCCAGUCUCCAGAAGAAGCAAAAUGUGCAAUAAGCAACGUACUGUGUGCUGAUCCUCGAUCUGUUUACCGGAGAAAGCAGUGCCAGGACCGUCUGUUUUAUUUUAGUCUGGACACAGUUCACAUUACAUGUUGGUUUGGUGAUGGGUUUGCAGAAGUUCUUCAAAUACAGCCCGUCAGAGAGAACUCUAAAGCCCAGAGCUGACACAGACUCACUGAAUUAUGAUGUUAAGCCAUUGCCAUCCCUAUAAAUACAUUUCUAUUAAACUAGCUGCUUAUAUGUGAAACACAAGGUUUACAUAGCUGUAUAGGCUACUCUGCCUCGUGAGGUGCUUCAUCAAUUGCUACCCUGAUCAAGGCUGCCCUAUGCUUCCUCUGAUUUUAUGUUAGCUCUUUAAACAACCCUGAUCCGACUGCUUGUGAGUCAGAGGAAAGGCAAUGCUUUUCAGUAAAGACAAAUACAGUUCUUUGUGCAGUCACCAAGUAUUCUAAAGAGAUGCAAUAACAAAGGAACAUCUCAGUGGAUGCUUCUUUGGAGUGAUGUACUGUAUAUGGAAAUUCCGAAAGUACCGUUGAGAGAGUGACUGCCAUGAUGUGUGAUUAAGAAUAUCUCAGGAAACAUUUUUAAAAAUUCAGAAAUGUUUUGAUCUCCUCCCACCUAGUAGCAGUAGUCAUAACUCAGGAAAUUUCCUUGUGUUGCUUCCAUUUAGUAAGUGUGCAAAGUAGCUUGUGGGCCUCAAUACCAAGUCCUGCCACUAUGGGUCAGUAAUGUGUACUUGCUCUGAAUUAUUAGGUUACUUGGCACAUUUAAAUAUUGCAGCAGGAUUGAGUGAAUGCAUUUUAAUCAUCAAAAUUUUGUUUUAAUUUGGGUUUUAUUCUUUGCAGAUUUUAUAUUUGUAAAUUAAAUAAAAGUAUGCUCCAACUUU